AUGGAGCAAACUUUACAACCCCAGACACCCCGAUCCUGGCCUGCGUUGGUCGGAAAGACAUUUGACGAGGCUGUGAGGUUGAUCAAACAGGAGAAUCCCGACCUGAAUGUAGAGAAAGUGGCCGAAGGAUCGAUGACUACAAUGGAUUACAGAAUUGACAGAGUUCGAGUGUUUGUCAACGAGGAGGGCGUGGUCGUCAGCCCGCCUACAACUGGUUAA